AAUCUCGAGUCCGCGCCCAUUCGCUUGAAGCCUCCCCCCCGCCCGCCUGCGUCGUUGUGUACAGUGUGGACUGUAAUCAAAGUUAAUAUCCCACCACCACCACCACCACGUCCACCACCAACCACCCACCCCCUUUACAGUUCGUACAACUUCUGCUUCGUUCGUGAAGUGAGCCCAGAGAUCUUCGCGGGCGAAUCGUCUCCGCCCUGACAAAUAUCUCCUGGGCCUUUUUCUCGUGUUGCCAGCGCUGUGGUGGUAGUGGUGUGGGUGUCGUCCACCCCCCCACCACCAGUCGCUUGUUAACAGCGGCGGCAGUCGGCGACAGGCAGCAGGCAACAGGCGGCAGGCGACAGGCAGCAGGCGACGGCGGCUAUGGGAGUCCUCGUCUCGCGCUUCAGAAGGGCCAAGCCUUCUACCAUACAACAGUUAGAAACACUGGAAAAGGACAUGACCGACUUGGAGGAGCGCAGCGAGAGGACGCAGCGCCUCCAGCGCCUGUGGAUCGGCCGUCUCAUCUUGUACUCGUCGGCCGCCUACAUCGUGGCGGCCGCCUUCCUCUGGUUUUGGAGUUUCCCCAAGGAGUGGACGGACUGGGUCUUCGCGGCACUGCCCUUGCUCCUAUUUCCCGUCCUAGUGUGGCUGCUCAAGAGGUUCAUGAGCUGGUGGUUCGUGAGAAGGACGCAGAGCAACUACGCCGCUCUCGAAGGGCUCAAGGAGAAAAAGCGGAAAAUCCUCGAGGAGGUGAUGGAGAAGGAGACCUACAAGACGGCGAAGGAAAUCCUCGAGAGAUUCGAUUCGGAGGCGAAGAAGGCAAAGGAGCUGGAGCAAGCUGCCAUCGCCGCAGCGUCAGUCGGGCAAGAGCUGCGUCAGCGCACGCCGUCGCAGAGGGGCGUCAACGACCCCCCCACGGUAUCGUCUCCGCUCGGACCUCACUCGGGCCCCCCAAUCCAGACCCCCGGCAGAGGCCCCACGGGACCGCCACCGGCGGGCAGAGGGGGGAGCCCCACCGUGCCGAGCACUCCCGGGGGUCCUGGGACUGCCCCCGGGGGCCCCCCAGAAAAGGGGCUGCUGGCGGGGGUGGGGGGCGCGUCGGGAGCUUUUGCACGAAGACCCGGCGGCCAUGCUGCCGCCACCCCUGCUGCCGCCCACGUGGGUUUCUUUCCGCCCCCCCACCUUGGUAUGCACCCGCCGGGUCCUCCCCUCCCCAGGCCCGUGCUGCCGCGGGAGCGCGGCGUUGCCGACCGCGUCAUCGAGUACCUGGUGGGCGACGGCCCUCAGAACCGGUACGCUCUCAUCUGCCAGCAGUGCUUUUCCCACAAUGGGAUGGCGUUGCGAGAAGAAUUCGAAUACAUAGCGUAUCGCUGCGCCUACUGCUUCUCGCUUAACCCCGCGCGGAGAACGCGGCCCAUCGCCCCACGCUUCGGGGACUCGGGGGCCCAGGCCCAGCCACAAUCUCGCCCCGGCUCCAACAGCGCCGCCGCCGCCACCGCCGCAGGGCCUGCCCCAACCUCGGCCGGAGCAGACGGCCAUAAGGCGGCCCCAGCAGUGGGCGAUGAAGCGUCCGGUGAGUUAGUGAGGGCGUGCGCUGGUUGUCGUUGUCGUGGUGUGUCCGUGUGGGUGUGUCGGUGCAUCUGCGUGGGUCUGUCCUGUGACCUGUCGGCCCCUCAGUCGCCCCCCUUCAAAGAGGCAUUAAAACAAGCAGACUGCCCUGGCCCCGUGCUUAAGUUGAUGGCCAUGGUCACAUGA